AGGUAAAUGUUUACAGUAUAAAAAGCUUCAUAGAUAUCACAAGAAUUCCACCAAUACUGACUGAAUUUUGCAAGAGGACAGAAGCAACCAUCAGAAGAAAGGGGGAAAGGAGAGAGAUUAAGCAAAUCCUACGGAGCCCUAGAGGAAAUGCCUUCACAGGCCUCAGGUUAGCAGUUCCUGAGAAGAGGCCUCCGGGACAGCGUCAUGGUGACACUGGAAGGUACAGCUGAGCCUAAGACGACUAGUCACCAUGGCAAAUAUUUGGGGCCUACUGGCUUGGGCUUUCACCUUUACUGCAGUCGGGACAUUGAACUUCAAGAGACCCAGGGGUCCCAAGCAGGGUUCACAAGGUGAGAGGUCAACAGCUGUGAAUGUCAUCUCUGCCAUUUUGAAUUGUGAAGAGUGUCAGAUUUCUAAGCUACAGGGACUGACUUCUUGAAAUAUAGUCUUAUAAAGACAACAUAAAGCAGCAUUCUCGUCUGGAAAUACAUAAUGGUAUGUUUUUUCACACUGUUGUUUUGCUUCUUCUUUACCUCCAUUUUGUUUGUUGUCUGGGAAAACUAUAGAGGAACACCUAUAGAGGAACCUAUAGUUUCUAUGGUAACUAAAAAAAAAAGAAAAACUCUGGAAAUUCGGAUAAGUUAAAAUAGAAAUUAAAUGUGACUAUCACAUUAACGUCCUCUUCUUCAGUAUUUCAAAGAGAAUGUAGAACUAAAAACACCAACACAUGGUACCUUCAGACAUUAAAGCUAACUAUGAUGAAUAAGGCAUGUUCUGUCCUAAACAGUACUGCACACUAUUAAGAGGAUGAGCCAAUCUUUGUAAUGUUUACAACAAUAAAAAAAGGAGAAAUUACAAUAUAUUCAUUAUACAUGCAAAAGUAUAUUUUGCAUUCAUGAAGCAUAUUUUGGGAGUCUAGUGGAAGUUCAUAGGACACAUCCACAGCUUGUCUUGGUGGUGGUGCUGACAUGGCCCUACAGUGCUCUCAGUAUCUUCUUCCACAAUGCCAUAUGAAUGAAAAUUUGCCCUUACUGCUCUAACGAACCUUACAUCCUGCAUCCCUGGUCCACCUCUAAUGCUUGCACUGCCUGCUUAACUGCUCUUCAUAAUCCCUUGAUAGCUUUAGGGGAAAUUAAGAAAGUACAACUCAGUGUACACAGCACUGAAAGAAAUACACACAGAAUGUAUCCACCAAUUAGCAAUAAAAUAGGAGCGAAAAGAUAUGAUUAUAAUAAGGUAAUCGUAGCAAAGAGGUAAAAACCACCACCAAGAGAUGUGCCACAAGCGAUGGCUCUAGAAAUUAGGCCUUGAUUCGCAAGACGUGGAGAGCAAGACGUUGACCGCAAUAUCAAUAGAGGCUUCCCAAAGUUUCAUGUAAUCCUCCAUAGAUUUCACUGAUGCUAUUCCUGGGACAUGAAGUGCUAUGAACUGAAAAAGGUCCUUGUAAAGAAGAUAGCAGCAGCUGCAAGGGACAGCUACAGUUAAGUAUUACUAACUUCAAGUAGUAAGUGGUAGGUUAAGUAUUACUACCCAGUGGAAGCAUAGCUGAACUGGGAAUUUUUCUAGUUCAGUUAUAUUGGCCUUGAAUUUCAAAUUCACUUUAGUAAAUAACCCUAAAUGUCUAAUGUAAAAAAUUUAAAUGAAGAUGUAUUCCUAACCCUAUAGUGUUAAAACCACCAUUUAGGUGGCUUGUCUCCUCCUUACUCCCCUAGAAGGGGUUAAAACUUUUUUCCAGUGAAGUGCAAGUCCACCGGUACUGGCCCUGCCCUCGAUCCACAUAGGUGACAUCAUAAUUUACGAUUUUUAGCUAAUCCAAUGCUUUCCCCAUUUUGGCCAACCAGAACCUCCUCAUAGAGAUGCAUUGAAUCAAUGCAUUUCUCUGAGGAAAAUUCAGCAUGGAGAUGCUGAACGGCAGUGCUGCCUACUGUGCAGCACUGCCCCAGGAAGCACCCCCAUUGGCCAUCUGAGGAGUGGCAACUGGAGGUGAACCUCGAGGGCAAUGUAAACACCACAUUUUCUCUGAAAAGGCAGUGUUUGCAUGAAAAUGAUUAUACUGAUUAUGGUGAUUAUACUCACCAGAGCAACUACAUUAAGCUGUAGUUGUUCUGGUGAGUAUAGUGUUCCUUUAAAAAUGCAUUAGAAUAAAUCAUCAAGACUCACUCAGUAACCCGACAAUAUUUGUUGAGAGCUGUGCUGGGACAGGCUGGGACUAAACAACAAUUCCAAGUCUUCUGUUCUAUUUCAAAGGAUAAUUGAAGAGACAUGCUUCACUUUGAGUCAGCUGUCUCAUUCAAAAAGCUUUAGCUUUGAACGUGACAGUAGCUUCACCUGCAGACUGAAAAAAAACAGGUAAAUAUAAAUUUUUGUUUUUCAUAUUUACCUGCUUGUUCCUUCUUAUGCUUUUCACAUCCACUCCAGGGGGACCACUGAUCUAACCAAUCAGUGUCCUAUCCCUAGGAAUCCUGGAGAAGUGCAAUGGGCAUGCCUAACAUAGUCACACAUGUGCAGUUGGAAGAGCCCUUCACAUUGCAACAUUCUGACAGAAGGAGAAGACAGGUGAUUUGAUCUGUGUGAUUCAUGCAGAGCAGUCUCCGGUUUUGAGUUUUGCUUUCUGCCCUAUGUUAGUAAUUGUUGGAGAAUGAGGAGCUAACUGCAGCUAUACAGUGAUGUCCUAUUUGUGUCAUUAGUGAGCUGGUCAGGACUGGACUAGUGGGUGAGUAAAGGUGGGCAGGAAGUUGAAGAGACUCCCCUUGCUGAGAGGCAUGCCCCACAUUGCAUUCUGACUAAGUUUAUAACCUUAUUUUGGUUUGUAUAUCUAUUUAAAAGUCUUUGUUGGUUUAAAAAAAUUGUCAAAUGGUGCAUGUCCUUUAACAAUUUUUGCUUUUUAUUUGUAGGAGUUUACUUUAACUUUUCAUUUUGAAGGCUUAGGACAUUAGAGUUUGCCUGCAACAGGUCAAAUGUUGGAUCGAAAACAAUCUGUAAUAUGAACCAACAUGCACCAACGCUAGCUUAUAUGCUUAUAUAUUCUAAUUAUUCUGUUAACAGAUACAGAUAUAUUUUUUUUAGGAAAAAUAUAUGAGUGUCAGCCAGCUGCUUAAAAAUUAAUGUUUUAGCAAGUUCAACUGAAUCUGACCACGAACAAAUAAGUGACCUUGCGCAACGCAAAAUCUUUAAAUACAUUAUCUGCUGCCUAUGAGUUCGACAUAAAGAAGCAUAUACACAUAUUUUUGUCUUUUAACCACUUUAGUACAAAUAGUAGGCAAAUCUUAUUAUCACGACAAUCCUGGCACUACCUUAUUGGUGAAGGCUUUAAAAAUUAAGAAAAGAAAAGUACACAAACAAAGUAUACAUUACAAAUUGCAGCAAUAAAUUCUUUUUACAAUAUGAGCAAUAAAAUACUUAAAACAUAAUGCCGCUAUAUUUACAUUUAGGCCUUAACAUUCCAAAAAUGUUCAUGUAGUUAGCACCUUUGGUCCUUGAACCUCUUUGUAGGCUCUGUUUGUUACUGUGUUUGAUGUGGUGCCUUGUAAUUCAGACCAAGUCACUGCAUCGUUCGGAUGACAGCAGCCAGUGAAGUCCUCUCCUCUGACCCAGCAGAUUUCCUCUCCAGUCUGAGCCAUUAUGAGAUCGCCUUCCCUGCCCAGGUGGACCAGAGUGGGAACUUCUUGACAUACGACCUCCGUCAGGCCCCUCCUAGCCUCCGUCGAGCACGGCGGAGUCUACCUGAUGAGGCAGAGCGUCAGCUCUUCUAUCGAUUGCAGGCUCAGAGUUCCAGUUUCAUGCUCAACCUAACCCUGCAGACAGAACUCCUGGGGCAGCACUUUACUGUGGAGUAUUGGAAAAGUGGAGGACUUGACUGGAAGCAUGAGCUGUACGAAGACUGUCACUAUGUGGGCCACAUUCAAGACCAACAGCUAAGUUCCAGGGUGGCCAUCAGCAACUGCAAUGGCUUGGUGAGAAGAGGGUAAAUUAAGAUCUUGAGAUUGACUAUGAGGUCCAUUUUCAGAAAGUUAGGGGUUUUUAAUAUUUGUAUUUAUCCCCAUUUUGAAAUACCUCCAUGAACAGCCCACCAUAUUUCAGUGAGGACCAACUGUCUACCCAUUUAUGAUGUUAGUGGCUUGGCGAUAGUGCACUAAAAAAUAUUUUUUGUGAAGUUGAAAAAUACAGUUUCAUCUUUCCAAGAUGACAUUGUUAUUGGUUUGAAACUACUAUCAUAUCAACUUACAAAAACCUCCGCAAGCCACUGUUAUCAAUUCUUAAACUAAUGAUAAACUUAAUAAUAAUAAUUUAUGAAAAUGAUAGGGAACUUUCAGUGAUAAAAAUCUAACAAUUUUUCUUAUUGGUUGCAGUCUAAUUUAAGUUAAUAUUAAAAUUUUCUUAAAAACAGGAUUAUUUAUUAAAGUGAGAAUUGUCAGGAUUUUAACCCCUUAAGGAUACAUUAUUGAAAUAUUUCAUCAUGAUUCCCUUUUAUUCCAGAUGUUGUGUCCUUAAGGAGUGAAUUCAAAAUUAAUUACAAAUUGUUCCAGUUUGCAUGAUUUUGCUUUAAAUUUCAGUUUUACUUUGAAUUAAUUUUGAAUUCUCAACAAUUAAAACUUUAGUGAAUAGCCCUGCUAAUGUGCAUUUUUUGUUAGUUAAUUUAUCCUUCUGAGUCUUUACUUUCUUUUGUAGGAGUAGGUCAACAGAAGUGUAAUUGUGAUUUACAUAUGCACAAACGCACUGCAAAAUCAAACAAAAUCAUAUACAAGGUAUACAUAAUAUGGGUUGUUAUUUUACCCCCUAACCCCCUCCCGAAAAAAACCACAAUAUAUUUAAUAUAAAUAAGAUGAAAAAAUGACAAUCAUCUUUUUUUUAAAAAAAAAAAAAUACUUUUAAACAGUUUUGAAGCAAAUGAUGGCAAGGUCAUCCCUUAUCUCUAUUUACCCCACUCUGCGAUUCUCCAAAAUGUCUCCUAUUCUAGCUUGGAGUAAUAGUUUCAGGGGAAGAGGAAUAUCUUAUUGAGCCACUACCCGUGGGUACCAACUCGACCCAAAAUGGAGAGGGGACUCCACAUGUGGUUUACAAGCGAUCUUCGCUACAACAUCAACACCUAGAUGCAGCCUGCGGAGUAAUAGGUAAGAAUAUUAUUACUGAUAUUGUGGAAAUAUCUUAAACAUAUCUGUUAACAGUUGGCAAAUUCAUUAUACAUUUUCCUCAUCAUAUGUUAUUUCUAGAUGGGCAAAGCUCAAUCUUUUCAAGAGCCAAUGCCAUGCAUUUAAUAAGACAGUGUUUUUAUGUAUUUUAAUUUGUCCAUUGAUCAUUAAAACCUAAAGGUGUUGUGUGUCCACUUUAUACCAGAUGACAAGCCUUGGAAGGAUCGUCAUUGGUGGCUAAGGAAUCCCAGGCCUCCCCCACUCAGGCCAUCAUCCAACCAAACACAACGGGGACUGCUUCCUCUUAAGCGGUCAGUGAGCACUGAGAGAUAUGUUGAGACUUUGGUAGUUGCUGACAAAAUGAUGAUUGGCUACCAUGGAAGAAGGGAUAUUGAGCAGUAUAUUCUUGCUAUCAUGAACAUUGUAAGUGUCACAUCCCACUUAUAGAAAUUUCUACUUCUUCUUGAAGACUGUUGAGGAUUGGGGGACAAAGUCUCAAUUAUUAUCUCGCUUUAACUUUUUGUUGUUUUUUAAGACUGGUCUUUUUUUGUUUCCUGGAGGUCAGGUUGCCAAACUUUUCCAGGACUCCAGCCUGGGGAAUAUUGUCAACAUCAUGGUGACGCGUCUGAUACUCUUGACAGAAGACCAGGUACAAGUAAAUGUAAUUCCAAACUCCACCAAGUGUUUUCAAUCACCAAGCACAAAACAACAGGACAAUGUUUUGGGCUACUUGCUGACCUGUUUCUCUACCUGCAUUAAAUCUCUAAUGGCUACCGUUGGUUUUUAAAUAAUGACCAUGCUAUUCUGAUUUUUUGAACUUAGAAUGUUCAACGCAUUAUCAAAUACAAGUAUCAAUCCUGAUCAUUCUUGAAAUGCAUAAGUACUUUUUAAUUCAAAGUAUAUCACUGCGUCUUGACUGCCAAAGUAUUGUUCACUGCUCAGAUUCUAAGCACAAAUAAAAUACGAUGUAGAAAUUCACAAAAAGGUUAACAUUCUUAUACGUUGCCUCUGAAAUUAAGCCCAACUGCAUCCUAGGUCUGUUUUAAUUUUAUUUAGCUUUUCAUGUAGACCGCCUAAUUCCCAUAAAAUUUGUUGAAACUAUACGUGGCUAUCAUUGUUAUAAUGCUGAAUUAACGAUAUCAUUUCUCAGCCUACACUGGAGAUAAAUCACCAUGCCGGAAAGUCCCUUGAUAGUUUCUGCCGGUGGCAAAAGUCCAUUGUAAAUCGUAAUGGCAACGCAAUCUCAGAGAGUGGGAUUGCUGACCAUGAUACUGCUGUCUUGAUAACCAGGUAUUUAUUUACAAGCAUUUUCAUUAGAAGUAACGAAUGACGCAGAAUUAAUAGAUUGCAUUACUUUAAGUUGGCGUUUUUUUACAGAUACGACAUUUGCAUUUACAAAAACAAGCCAUGUGGAACUUUAGGUAAGGGGUAACCAAAUACAUUUUCACUUAUUAUUUUUAUUAUAUAUAUGAAGUGACUGUGUUUAAGUACUGGAGUGUGCAUGUGCCCACCCCCCUUCUUUUGUAACGUUAGUAACAUAUUGCCUGUAGUUAUAGUAAAUGAAGACGUUCCGCAGUAUGUCUCCUUUGGCUUUUUGGAUAGCUGUAUCAGUUGAAAGUGCAUUAAAAAACCAAACGUUAUUCUGCAAUGCUUCUUUCUUUCUUCCAAUAUAUUCCAGAGACUGCUAGUUUUCCUAGCAUUAACUUUCAAUAUCUUAUGAGAUCACCUCCUGCUUGCUUAAUGGUGGAAAGGGCCCUUGUCCAUGUUGACCGGUGGCACAAAUAGGUGAUGGAAGCUGUACUUGUUUUCUUCUAAACACUUUGUUUUAUUCAUUCUCAGGAUUAGCACCUGUAGGUGGCAUGUGUGAGAGGGAGAGAAGCUGCAGUAUAAACGAGGAUAUUGGCCUAGCUACAGCCUUCACUAUUGCACACGAGGUUGGACACACGUGAGUGAGUUCGAUGUGUGGCAUAUUGCCUUUUCUCUUACCCUUUGGAGUAUUGACAUACAAGACAGACAUCACCGUUCUUAUCUAUAGAACGGAUGAACACACGUCACAUCUUUAACUCCUUCUUGCUGUUUCUAGAGCCGCAGAGAGAAUAAAUAUAUUCUAUACUCCCUACCCAAACCUUGCAUUGUAAGCCAAGUGGAGUAACAGCCAGAGAAGGUAGACACACAUUCACUAAAACAUAUGUUACCCAAACUCUGCCUGUCUCCAUAAUCUCUCCUUUUAGAUUUGGGAUGAAUCACGAUGGCAUUGGUAAUGGAUGUGGUUCCCGAGGCCAGGAAACAGCCAAACUAAUGGCAGCACAUAUUACAAUGAAGACCAAUCCUUUUGUGUGGUCAGCAUGUAGCCGGGAUUAUAUCACCAGCUUUCUAGAGUAAGUUAUUGAGCAACUUGUUCCAUAUCCUUUCAUGUCCCAUUACUCUUUGUCAAAUUAUAACCAAGAUUAUACCUUUAUUUAUGAGAUGUGAAUCAAUCUUGCAUGAUACUGGGCAGCUUGAUUUAGGGCAGAGAUAGGCAACCUUUGGCACUCCAGAUGUUGUGGAGUACAUCAACCAUAACACUUUUACAGCCAAGGUUGCCUAGGGUUAGGCAUGUGAAUAGGUAGACAGGUUUUUUUAUACGUGAGCCAAUGUAAAGAAGAUAUUUCUGGAAUUUGUGAGCCACUGGAAGGAUUCCGUUUAUCCAUUUUGCAAGCAGUGGUCGGAAAUGAAACAUUGUGUUCGUAGUAAAAAUGCCUAACUCCUUCAUUUCAUGUAGCAGGAACCUGUCACUUGACAGACAUUACCAGACAAUUUGAUCUUUGCAUGUAAAUCCUACCUUAACUUAGCAUAUCCCUCCCAAUCCCUCACCCACUAUAACUUUGUAUAAAUGUAAAUAUUAUGUUGAUACCAGCUCCUUAUCUCUUAUAAAUAAUAAAUAAAAAAAAAGGGAGAAGGUAGUCACCCCAAACAUUUAAAAAAAAUUAAAGGACCACUCCAAGCACAGUAGCAAUUUCAUCUCGUUACCCUUUCUCCCUGCUCCCCGAUUUCCUGGAAUGUCUAAGCAUCUUACUGGAUGCCGCUAAUAUCACUAGCUCCUCAUUCACAAAAGUAAGUGAGAAAGGUACGUACCAGGAGGCAGAAGGGAUGGAUGCCAUCUUCACAACUUUGGGAUUAAACCAUUCGUAAAUAGUUUAACCCCUUGGGUAAGUUAACCCUCAGGUCCUACUACUACCAUAACAACUUUAUUUAGAUAAGGUUGUCAUGGUGCCUUGUGUGUUUCUUUAUCAAAAAAUCAUAAAACUCAUGUAUUUACUAAUAAAUUUCCAAGCAGUGUCAAAAACCCUUAGUUAUUCUUAUCGGAAAUUAUUUAAAAAAUUUAAAAAAAAAAAAGCCCCAAUGAGGCUAUUUAAAAAAAAAAAAAAAAAACAGAAUGCAAACAAAUAAAUAGCUGAUGCUAUGUGCUGUAUGGUCCAUCCUCUGUGAAAUGCCUUGCAAACCUGAAAGACAGAAUGUUUAAUUAUUUUUAUUUAUUUUUUAUUUUUUAUUUUUUUUUACAUCAGAAUAUGGUAUUAGUUAUUUCUUGCAGAGUCAUAGAUAGAGUCAUCUAAUACCAAAUCAUCAUAUGUAUUAUUCAUUUUCUCUUUCUCUAUCUGUCCUUAUCUGGUUAAUGUCUAUUUCUUUCUUUAAAUUUUAUCUUAGCACUAUUACAAAAAAUACUUUCAAAUACGUAAUGAACUAACAAACUAAAUGACACACAUACAUAAAACAUUUGCUCGGCUCGUGGUGCGACAAAAAAAAAAAUACAUACAUACAUAUAUAUUCAUAUAUAUAUACAUAUAUACAUAUAACACGGAAAAAAAUCAGACAAGGAAAAUAUCCGACAAGAGGGGAGCCUCCCUAUCUAGAUUCCAUUUUUUUAAUCCAUUUAUCCCAGUAUGUGUAUUGAGAUCCCUUAUUUAAUGAAAAAUUAGUAAUAGCCCUUUCCAUUUUACAUUGGAUAAUGCUUUGAGCAUGUAUCUUAGCCCAGUUAUCAACCUUUGAGGAUUUCCAAUUCCUAGCUAUUGAGGUUUUAACAGCCAUUAAGAUAUGUAAAAUAAUGGGUCUAAAUUCUUUAUUGAUGCCCGUCAUAUCUAUAUGAAGUAGAGCCGUACUCGAAGUCAGCUCAAUCCUUAUUUCCAGUAUGGAUGAUAAAUAUUGAUUUAACUCAACCCAUAAAGAUCUAAUUUUUGGACAGUCCCACCAGAUAUGUUUGAAGUCUGCAAUCCUUUCAUUGCAUCUCCAGCAGUUAGGUGGGGUUGUAGGAUACAUUUUUGCAAUUUUAUGGGGAGUAUUGUACCAUCUAUUUAAUAUUUUAUAAUAAGUUUCAUGUAUAUUUAAACAAUGACAGACUUUGUAUAACGUAUUAAGGGAGUUAUUCCAUUCUUUCAUAGUGAUAUCUUUGGUAAGAUCAUAAUUCCAUUUAAUAAUUGCCCGGGGAAUUGAUUUUCUCUGAGUCUUAUAAAUUAUUUUUUGGCAUUUAUUUACCAAAUGGGUAUAAUCUGACUGCUCAAAUAAGUCUGAUAGAACCUUAACUGGUGGUUCCAGAGGGUUAAAUCUUAGAUAUGUAUUCAGAAAGAAUUUUACCCUAAUAUAUUUAAGCCAAUCAUUAAGAGAUAUGUUAUAUUCAAAUUGUAGUUGAUCAUAUGAUUUUACUCUAUUUCCUAAUAAAUGUUAGAUAUAAUUUUUAUACCUCGCGUAAUCCAUAUUUCUAAAUUUAUGUCUGUCAUUAUUUCUGCCAAUAUGUUUAGAUUUAUGCCAGGAAUUAUCUUCUUUUUUAAACCAAUUUUUCUUUUUAAUAGAGACCAGGUGGGAAAAAUUUGUUGGACUAUCAACGAUUUAGAAUUUUUAAUGCAAUUAUUUGUUUCUUUAUCCAUUGCCCAUAGAAGAGUUAUGAACCACUUGUUCAAUAGAGUCCUCUGGUUUCUGGACGGUUAUCAAUACAUCAUCAGCAUAUAGUUUGAAUUUUUUGGUUAUUAUUUUCUCCAAACCCUUUUAUGCCUUGAUUAGAUCUUAUAUCUACUGCCGAGGAUUCAAUCGAUAAAAUAUACAGUAAUGGUGCAGCCCUGGCUUGUACCAUUAGAGAUUCCAAACCAUUAGGACUUAAUUCCAGGUCCUAAUAUUCUACCUUGAGGAUCACUUUAUUGUGCCAUUAUUGCACUAAGUAUCUCACCUAAGAAUCCAAAUGAUACUAAUGACUCUCUGACAAAAGCCCAGCUGACCCUGUCGAAUGUUUUUUUCUGCAUCUAAUCCCAGGGUCAGCAUGGGUAUACAUUCCUUUCUUGCCUGUUCCAUUAUCCCUAUCAUGUUUCUCAUAUGGUUAGUGGAAAGUCGUCCCGGAAUGAAUCCCACCUGGUCUCUAUGUAUUAUGUGUGUGACAGAAGAAUGUUUCAUUUUAUGUAGGUGAGAGAAAUAAUGCAUCUUUGAAUUUUCUCUCCACAGUUCUGGGCUUGGCCUUUGUUUAAACAAUGCACCUCCCCGGCAGGACUUUGUGUACCCCACCCAGGCUCCAGGACAGGCCUAUGAUGCAGAUGACCAGUGUCGUUUCCAACAUGGAGUUAAAUCUCGCCAGUGUAAAUACGGGGUAGAGUCCCUUCCUAUUUUGGCUACUUCUACAUGCUCAUAAAAUGAGCUUCAAUUUAGUAUUACAGCAAAGUUAAUGAACAAGAACAAGGAAUACUUGCUCUGUUAGUGCCUUGUAAAUGAGAGAGAUAACCCAAUAAAUAUAUUCUCCCAAAAUCAUGACAGUGUUUCAUGACUAGCAGCUUUGUCAAAUAAAUUAAAAAAUGGGAUUUUCUCUUGAAUGCAUCAAAAUGUAAUUGUGGUACCAAAGAAAUAUGAGAUUCAAGAGCCUGCAAAGAGUGGCAUUGACCUCUGUUGGUACUUAAUUAGAAACAGCAAUUUCACCACUGUAAUAAUUUAAUCAUACACGGCAGGGGAGGUUUGUUGAAAAGUUUGUCAACCAGGAUUGCUCUUGUACAUUCCAAAACUUUUAUGAAUGUGCAAUUUAGUAAUGUCAUUAAUUAAAUUAGACUCAGCCAUGAAGAGGUUUGGUUGAUUAAAAAGAAUCUGUAAUGCAAUCUAUUCUUAGGUUAUGCAAGGAUCUGAUCCUGUUUGGUUUCUGAAAAUUAUUUAUAUAUACAUAUAUAUAUAUAUAUAUAGAGAGAGAGAGAGAGAGAUAGAUAUAGAUAUAUAGAUGUAGCAAAAAGAACCGCACAAAGGUCUUUGUAGAAGUUUUCAAGUAAAACUUAACUUUUAUUUAAUCCAUAUAAAAGUGUCAAUGUUUCAGCCCCCACAUGGAGCUUUCAUCAGGACAAACAUUGUUUUUAUAUAUAUAUAUAUAUAUAUAUAUAUAUAUAUAUAUAUAUAUAUAUAUAUAUAUAUACAGUGGGACCUCGGUUUACAAACGACUUGGUUAACAUAAUUUUCGGUUUACAAAUGAAAAUCCAUUGAAAAUAAUGCCUUGGAUUACAAAUUUGUUUUGCAAUACAAAGCAAGCUUCCCCAGGAUGCAUUGCACCUGGGAGGUUUAUAGCACCGCCCCUGCAUGCUGGAGUCUGUGGGUUGCUCUUGGCGUUGAGUGUGGAGGUGUUGGAGCAGCUUUUGCAUUGAGUUUUGGAGCCAUUCUGGAAAUUGUUUGCAGUUGUACUGACAGCCACUGGAGGUUUAAAAAAAAAAAAAAAAAAAACGUCAGUGUUUUACAUUGCAGGGUUAAAAGGACAGGGACACUGCACCCAGACCACUCCAUUGGGAUAAAGGGUCUGGGUGGCUACAGCGUUCCUUUAAAUAUGCCCACUGACAAUUUUUGCCACAUUCUGUUACUAUAUGCUUACAUCUUAAAAAAUAAAGUAUAAGUUGUAUAGUUACAUACUCUGGUGGACAGAAUCUGUAGGUUUUGGGACAAAAAUUAGUUUUAACAAAAUGGCAAGUAAUACCUGCUUCUAACACUUUAAAAAAAGUUUUCAUAAUUGGGGUAUUUGAGGGUUUACAAACAGUAGGUUCUUGAAAUGUAUCUAUUCCAGUAAUAGUUAGUUUGUCAUAUUGCAUGCUGAUAUAAUGAAUUAGCCUUGUAUGUUUACAGGAGGUGUGCAGCGAAUUAUGGUGCUUGAGCAAAACUGGUCGUUGUAUCACUAACAGUAUCCCAGCUGCCGAGGGGACAAUCUGUCAAACAAACACUAUAGAGAAAGGGGUAAGUACUUCUUUCUCGGUGAUAGAUACAAAUCGUCAAGAGGUUAAUGAGGAAUUAAAUUCUUUACACCAUGCUGUUUGUGGUUUGGGGCACUUAUUGCAAUUUCAUAUACAGACAUACAUGGGUAUAUAUAAUUAUUAUUAUUAUUAUUGCCAUUUGUAUAGCGUCAACAGAUUCCGUAGCACUUUACAAUAUUAUGAGAGGGGGUUUUUAACAAUAAAUAGGACAAUUACAAGAAAGCUUACAGGAACGAUAGGUUGAAGAGGACCCUGCUCAAACUAGCUUAGAGUCUUUAGGAUAACACCAAUUAAACCUUUCAGUGGUGCCAGGGCUAUUGCCGUAGCAAAAAUUAUUUGUAUAUAUGCAGUAGCACCUUCAAAUCAUGAUUGAAUCAGAAUUGAUAGUUUCUGCCUCUCUAUUGCAUUUUGGUGCAAAAAUAGCAGAGUUGUGCACAUUAUUAAAAUUUGGUUUGGUUUAUUUAAAUCGAUUUUGUAAAAAGAAACAUUUUUUAAAAUCGGUUUCAGGCAAUUCUGAAUUUGGACAUAUGAAGUUUCAAUUGAGAUUCAUUUUGUCCACACGAUCAUUUCUGGAAAAACGUCAUGAUCAAGAUGUCAUGAAAACUGUCCAACCAGUGUACUGCAAAAUAAAAAUGUUAUGUAUAUAAUUUGCAGUAUACGGGUAGGAGCAUAUGUUUUACAGAUCACGUUAGAAGACGUAAAUGGAAAAAGAGUAGGAGCAAUAAAAAAAUAAAUCUAUAUUUAUAUACUACAUAUAAUACAUAAACAUAUAAAUAUGGAUUUUUUUUUACUGGUUUUCCUUUUUCCCUACAGUGGUCAUUAUUUCACUUGAUCUUUGAAUAAAAUCAACAGUUAGUGACUGUCCCAGGACCACCAAUGAACAGAACACCAAAUCACAAAACAGUUUCGUCCAUUGUCUGUCUCAUUUGUUUCAUGAUUUGUCCAUAAAGCGUUUCAAAGUUUGUGAUUUCUAAAGAAUCUCCAAUCACCAAAAAUAUGUGUUAAAUAGGUUUUUAUUGAGUUCACAAAAAAAAAGGGGGGGGAGCAGUCUGUAACAUUUGCUGGAAUCAACCAUUAACAGUUGGUCUUUAACAAUAUAUAAAGACAAAUUUUGAGACAGUAUACAAGUAUCAGAUAGAGGGAAGGCAUUAUGCUCGGUGUAACAGUGAACAGUUUAGACUAUCCGACCAGGCGUAACUCACAGAUACCUUGCUCUGCAUCAGUGCGUUAUGGGGAGUCGCUCACCUCCCAAUCAACUAGCACUUGCGCAGCCCUCCAACCCGUCCUCCGGACCAUCCUCUCCACAUCCCAUCCUGACAUCCUGAGGUCUAUUGAGGAAGUCAUAGAUUAUCAAUCACCUAAAAUUUGGACAAAUCACAACUUAUUUGAAACCAAAUGCACUAGUCUCGAAAAAAAUGUUCAAGUAGAUGUUCAAGGUAUCAGAUCAUUGAAGUAUUAUGUAGGGAGCUAUAAGAGUUUUAAACUUUUUUUUUAUACUAAAUGAUAACCCCUACCCUGAAGGAUUUUCAGAGAAAGAAUUCAUAAAGAAAAGCUCUACUUUGCCACUGGAAAAAAAUAUUUUAGCCUAGAGAGGAUUUGGCACUGAUUGAGAAUUAUCAGGGAAGGAACAGAGUUGGCUUAGCAUAUGGCAGAUACAAAUUAGCAGUAAAAUUAAAAGAACCACACUCUGCUUCCCUUAAACACCAUGCUCCCUACAUAUGUUAUCCUCAAGGCAGGCUUAGUGAGACAUCUGGAAAAGAUGAUAAUAAGUUACAUGUUACCCUUUUAAACCCUACCCACCAGAAAUUAAUAGAUCAGUAUUUAGGAAAUCAGGACAAGAGAAGUUUUGCAUAAUCAUUGUUCAACACAUUUUUUUUUUGCUUAAUAAUAUAACACUUUAUAUGAAAGGGAAAGGGGCCCUGCAUAUUACAAUAUAUGUGAAACAACAGGCAAAUCACUGCUUCUCCUGAACACUAAAUAUAGUGGGAUCUGCCUCACCUGUGUUUUUUUGUGUAGCUUUUUAAAAUGCAUUGAAACAAUCUUAUUUUUAUAUAAUCUUCUACUGGCAGGAUUCUAAUGGUGUCCUUAACCAUAUUCCAUACCUGUGUACUAACGGCUUUAUAUUAAUUUAAUCAUAGUUUGCUUUUUUGUUUUAAUUGAACUUACGCAGUAGUUGGUAUUAUAUCCAAAUACCUUAAUAUUUAAAUUGACACUAUAGUUACCAAAACAACUUUAGCUUAAUGAAGCAGUUUUGGUGUAUAUAUCAUUCCCCUGCAGUCUCAAUGCUCAAUUCUCUUCCAUUUAGGAGUUACAUCACUUUUAUGCAGCCCUGGUCCCACCUCCUUGCAUGUGACUUACACUGCUUUCGUAAACACUUCCUGUAAAGAGUCAUCUAAUGUUUACACUUCCUUUAUUGAAAUUUCUCUUUAAUUGAGAAUUUCUUAUCCUGUAUGCGAUUAAAGUUCAAUUUAGAGAGAGGGAGAUAAAAACAUUUAAAGUAAGUUACUCUCUGAUUGAAAGUGAAACCAUUUUUUUUUCAUGCAGGCUGUGUGAAUCACAGGCAGGGGAGGUGUGGUUAAGGCUGCAUGAACAGAAAAAAAAGUGAUUUAACUCAUAAAUAGCAGAGAAUUGAGCAGUGAGACAUCAGAGGCAUGAUCUAUACACAAAAACUGCUUCAUUAAGCUAAAAUUGUUUUGGUGAUUAUAGUCUCCCUCUAAAGUACACCUUUUGUGUAUCUUUUCAUUUUUACACUUCACUUUGCUUUUCAUAUAUGUGUUUGCUUUAUAAAUCUAUGCUUUGCUUAAUGAAAAUUCUUACAGUAUUUGCCCUAUAAACAUUUUCUUUCCAUAUACCACUUCAUUUUAUGAGUAUGAGUGCAUACUCAUUGGACUGAUAGCCUUGUUCCUUAUUGGUUUCUCUUACAGUGGUGUUAUAAGAGGGAAUGCGUACCAUUUGGAACACGGCCGGAGGGUGUUGAUGGAGCAUGGGGUCCCUGGUCUUCGUGGGGGGAGUGCAGCAGGACGUGUGGAGGAGGGGUAUCCUCAUCUGUCCGUCAUUGUGACAGUCCUAGGUAAGUUAUAGCUGCAUUCUGUAAGAUUUUGUUUUAAUAUAGUUAAAAUACAGGUAUAAAUAAAUAUGUUUCAAUUUCCUGAGCAGUAACUGGAUACUUAACGUAUCUCAACUGAUUUUUGGAUACUUAUUUAGCCAAGAAAAAAAAAACAGAUUCUUCACCAAUUCAUAGUUUUGUUUUCAUACUUGCAAUUUUACAAAUGUCCUAAAAAUAUAAAAAAGAACUGUUGCACCAUAUAAUAGUCAUAUUGUCUGUCAAAUUUGUUACAGGCCGACCAUUGGAGGAAAAUACUGCUUAGGGGAACGUAAGCGCUAUCGAUCAUGCAACAUCGAUGUGAGUGUAACAAAUGCAUGAUCAGUAUAUAAAACUACACAAAAUUAAGUCAUGCACUCAGACUCCCACUCAGACUCCCACUUCUCCUGAGCGGCAUCCCAAAAACAAGACAUUGUGUGGGGCAGAAAAGGUGAACCCAUUACAAGUGGCAGCAAACGUGGGCUUGUAUAUAUUGUACAAGCAUUAUAAAAGUGGCAUUUCAGAAAGAGAUUGAAAAAAAUUAGCUUGGGUUCACUAGUGAGGGGCCAGUGCAAGCCCCUUCUCUGUGUUCUCCAACAUUGAUAAGCUCCUCUGAAUGGUGCAAAAUAAAUUUACCCUUCUUUGGGGGCAUAUAAUUAAUCCUAACAUUCUUUAAAUAUGUAUUUUUAUUAAUUUAUUGUGUAUUUCCAGUAUUUGCCAUGCCACUUAUGUGUCUGAUUUCCAAGCCGCACGUUUGUGUUAUGAUUUUUACUGAAUAACGAUGAUAGCUCUUUCUCUGUGGGCUAAAGUCUAAUGUCUCCAUUAAUCAGCCAACGUGUGCAUAAUGCAAUGUCAUUUACUCUGUAAUUAGCAAGAUGAUUGUCUUUACUUCUGAAUUCCCAAUGUACGUACAUAUGCCUUUUGGCCAAAGUCUGCUCUCUCUAAUUUUGAAAAUGUUUGUCAACAUUUUCCUUUCAAGUUCAGUUGGCGCCCCACUCUAUAAUUACCUGUAAGAACUGCCAUUUUUUGCAAUCAAAAAUCACUGAUGUACCCAUCUAUUGCUUGAACUCUGUUCCUAGAAUCCCCCCAGAGAAAACCAGACACCUGCCUGUUGACACUUAUUGGGCAGGUACAGACAAGAGUAUACUUGUAUAUUAAAGGGAAUACUCAGUGCUAUCAACCACCUGCGGUAAACAGUAAAUUGGUGAAUGACACAAGUUACAGAGAAUGCAUGCGGGUACAGACAGGAAAAGCAAAUUACCUUAAGCACAAAUGCAACACACGUUUGUUACAAUGUUGCAGUGGUAUGAAACUAACUGUGGCCCCAGCUGACAGAGGGGACCCUCAAGACCAGCAGGGACUUAGCUCUGAUAGUAUUUUGAAUGCAUGACGGUCUAUGCCGUCAAGGGGCAUUAAAACCCUGCACUGCAUGACAGCAUAGACAGUCAUGUGAUCAUUAAGGGUUAAAAACCAAAAAACUGCUUGGAUUGUAUUGCUCAUUUUAAAUCAAUAGGCAUAUAAUAUAGCUCUGCUUUUGCUGAAUGAGAAGAACAUUAUAUUUAAAUAAAGGAUUUUCAUAGUUUAGAAUGUUAAUAUAGAAUUAUGCUCCCAUUCGUUAUUAGGGGUUUAAUGCCUUUGACAGUACUGAAACAUUUGCAAAGUAAUAAACUCGAAGCAAUCAGUGGUCCAGCAAGGUUCAUACACAUCUAGUAAACUGUGCCCACUCACAUUUUAAACCUGCUAUGGAUUUUUUGCUUAAUAAAUGCAGUAACUAAAGUGAAAAUUCAAAGUGAAUUUAAAAUUUUAGAUCAAAGUUGCCAAACUGAAAUUAUAGCUAAUUUAGAGUAUUUUAACACUGUGGCUAUUUUGGACUUAAAUUCGAAAUUUGCUUUGAAUUCUUAAUUUAGUGCAUAACCCUGAUAGUGUCCUGGAAUGUAGGAUGUUUUUAGUUCUUCGAUGCAUAUGAAUGGAAGUGAUUUUAACUGUUCUUUCCAUUCAAUACUCUUAAGAGAUUUGGUUAAAUAAUAAAUAACUGAGCUAACCCAUUUUUCAGGACUGCCCAGCUGGUUCACAAGACUUUCGGGAAGUACAGUGUGCAGAAUUUGACAACGUACCAUUCCGGGGCAAAUACUACUCUUGGAAGACAUACAGAGGAGGUAAACAUAAACCACAUUAUUUAAGAAAAACUGAUGGGUAAAUACUUUUAUGCGCAGACAGCUCUUAUUAUUAUUAUUAUUGGUAUUUAUAUAGCGCCGACUUAUUCCGCAGCACUUUACAAUAUUAUGAAAGGGGGAAAUGUAACAAUAAAUAAGACAUUUGCAAAAUGAUACAGAAACAAUGGGUAGAUGAAGACUCUGCCCACCAAGCUUACAGUCUAGAGCUGAUUAAUAUAUAUGAGCAAGGGGUAAGCAUUCAAUCCUUGUUCUUAGAGGUAAGUAGACUUGGAGACUUGAUAAAGACUACGUUAUGGAUUUGAACCAUUGGCUUGUGACUCUGCUCUGUUACUUAUUAUUUUUCCACAACUUGUUUGCCUGGAUUCUACUAUGGAUAUCGUUAUUUGUGAAUGUCCCUUCCUCAGUCUAUUGAGCACCAGGAGUGGUGUUAUCUCUGCAGGGAAGUUUCUUUGUUGCUACAUAGGACAGAGUUACUUUAGUUCCCAACUGUAUAUAGCUAUACCCAUUAUGGAAACAACUCACAAAAGAGUGACUUUUUCUGCACCCUAAAUUGUGAUUUGCAAAGUUAAGUAUAAAAUUCUCAAAAUUUUAGACUUGUUCUGGACAGUUAAAUUCCAUCGCGGAAGUGCCAAAAUACAGUAUACGUAUAUACACAUUAAUAGAAAACAUCUUAAUGUAGGACUUCGCGAGAGUUACAGUUAGAAAAUGAAUGUUUCAAUUGUUUAAUGCACUAUUAAAUGUAAAUGUGCACAAGGUCAUUGAAGGUACUUGGUAUUUAUCCAGUAAUCUCCCUUUAUAUAUUUUUUUCUCUUCAAUCAUCGUAGAGAAAAUAACUCCAACCACAAAACCAACUGUAGCACGCAAGAUUAUUCCCAAACAGAUGAGUACAGCUGCAGGAAGUCUUGCUUAAUAACUAAUGGUUUAGUUUAUCACUCCUACUUCUCAGGCAAAUGCACUUCCCUUAUCAGCACCUUCUUACACAAUCCCAAGUGUAUGUUUAGUACCUUCAACUUGAUACCUUGGCCCAUCACAACUUCCCCCUUACAACUAACAACUUUGUAUAAUCUCCGACUUUUGUUUCCUUGCACAUGAUUAUCUCUCUCCAUGUUCUUGCAGGGUAGAACCAAUUCAUUUUCUUCUUCAACUCUAAGCUUUUUGUUACUGUAGAUGACGUUUUGGCAUUUAUCUUGUCUUCUUCUCCCAAUCCCCUUUAUUCCAUUCCCACACACAGUCAUCAGUUUCUUACCUCCAACCUUGUUCGGUCUCUAAAGGUACACACUCAGGGGCCUAACCACCACAGCCUGCUGGUGCCUGACACUAUUCCCAAGCUUAAUAUCAAACUGUUUCGGAACAGAUUAAUAUUAACCACAUGUGUCAUACUGACACAGCGAGACAGCCUCUAUAUUGGCCGCAUUGAUUAUGUCAGUUUUGUAAAGUGUAGACAGGUUUGACCGACUGUGAGUGACGGCUAACCACCCUCCAGUACUCUCAGCUAAUCGAUAUUAUUUUAUUUGAGCUAAGUCAUGCAGACUAGGGCUAGCUCACGGGUUGAGAGUUUUCGUCUGAUCAGUCUCCACUAUUAAUGAACUAAGCUCUACAAUUCCACGCGUAGGGUCCAGCUUUCACAAGGCUUUAGUAAAGACAGGGAGCAGUUUUCAAACUAUUCUGAAAUGGUUUGACCACUUACAAUAGAGUGGGGCAUCGGGACACUCCUUGAACCAUAACUACUACAUAAUUCCAUAGUGGUUAUAUUGCUUGGAGUGUUCUUUUAACCACUACAUUGAGUAGGCUGCUUAGAGAGCCCAUUUAAUACAAGUUUCUUAUGCUCUCAUAGCAUCUUCCUCCAAGGAUGCACUUAUCUCUUGGUACAGGUACAGGUUACCUUCUGUUUUCGCAUGAUACUUCCUCUCUGUCCUCCUUUAGAGUGUAGUAGUAAGUCAUAUGCUGACAACACACUUAUUUCCUCACCUAAUUACUCUUUUUGCAUUCUGGAUAAUGUCAAUAAUUGCCAUUCCUCCAUCUUCUAAUUGGAUUCUACUCACUAACCAGAGCUUUUUCCUCCUCCAAUAAGUAAGCCACUUUGUCCACUAUCUCUAGUGAUCAGUGAUACUAUCAUCAACUCCGUAGAUCCAUAUAUCAUUUUUGAGUCUAGAGUGUUUUCACACUCAGUCAGUCUGCAAAAAUGUUUCCACCAUAAACAUCCAGCUCAAAUUUGUACCUAUGUAAGAUUCAGCGGUAGUAUGAUAUUUUCUUUCCAAUUCAUUAAUGCUAAUGGAAAGCUGAUAAGCCUGGUUUGUUAUGAAGCUGAUUCUAAGUUUCACAAAAUGUUACUGUAGGUGUUGAGGUUCAGUUCCUCCAAGUAUGGUCAAGUCAACCUGUCAUCCUCCACGAACUGUAAAAUAAGUAUCUUUACUUAUUAUUAACGUCUGUACCCACACAAUUGAAAAACUAGAGAAAAACUCAUGCCUUUCAGUUUUUCCUUUUUUUUCAAGUAGUGGUUUUUCACGAUGCUUGUUGGUGACCCAGAUUGUUCCUAACCUUUCUUUUACCCUAAUUUUAGUCUAUAUACUUAUCCUACUUUUAUCCUUAUUGAUGUAUCUAAUUUUGUUUCUGUCCAUUGUUGCUGGCUAUCUUCUUCAGGACUGGAUUUUCUACCAGGCAAUGUAGAACGCUGCCUAUCGGCACUUGAUAUGUAAAACCGGCCCUCUCCAUCUUCUAUUUGCCUGUGUCCUGUUGGAAUAUGAACACACUAUUAUCAUGCAAGCUGCUAAACUUGCAAACCUAAAUAAGAAGACACAUAUCUAAACAUAUAUGAUAAAUUCUACGAUUUACGUCUCCACCUCAUCAUUAGCAUCUAUUCCUACUGAACAAACCUAACUUUCUAAGAGUGCUUUCCAGCUACUUUUUUUUCUGAUAAGAAGAAUGCAGAGAACGCUGAGAAGUGCCAAGUUUUUUUUUUUUUUAAACCAGCGUCUUCUUCAUUUGUCUGCAGACCCAGCCUCAGGGUAUUUCUGCAGACCAAGAAAUAUUAAUAUAGUCAGACCUCUUUUUUUUUAAGAAGAUGUUUUUGACUGGUGCACUGUUACAUGAGAUGUAAGCACUAGUUUGACUGCAGCUUUUUAACUAAUUGAUGCCCCAGAGUGUCAGCGAACCAAAGGGAUGAGUUAAUAGAGACAAAUCAAGGGUCCUACACUGUGAGCAAUUACAUCAUUUCUUACCCCGACUAAUAUACUGUGACGGGACACCCAAUUGGCAUCUUGCUAACAGCCUUCCCUAGCCAUUGAGGUAUAGUGGACAUGACCGGGAAAUCCUAUUCAGCCUGCUGGAACUCUGUGCCGGAUCAGCGGCUAGCCACGUCUCGCUGAACUUUGGACUUUCACCCAAUUCGGGCUAGCAAUAUCCGAUCCGGACGCUUUCCGGACACAAUGGGCGCUCCAGGACGACCUUUCUGGGGAUGUAUGGCAUGUGGGGGUUCCUAUAUGUAUUACAUGUGUUUUUGAUGUUUUAUAUUUUUAUGCUUAGUCAUGCUGACACAAGAAAUUCAGUUUAUAUUUUUAUGCUUAGUCAUGAUGACACAAGAGAUUCAUGGGCAUGUUGUGGGAGUGUUCUGGACGUGGCUGACCGUACCCUUACUGUGUAUAUAAGUGGGCCAUCUGGCCGUAAUAAACCCAGACUUUUUCACCCUUCACUAAGUCUCGACUAGUGUUUGGGUGAUACUGAGGUAACCUGUGCAAGAUGCUAUUAUCACUCUGGAGCUGAUCACAACUGGAAGGGGCAACCUAGGCAGUACUAACCCAUAUACAGUGAAGGGUUUUAAGCAUGCAUUAACAAGGAGUUGUUUCUGAUAUUUGGCCAACCGUAUCAUAAUACUCCAGCUGUGUAAAAGGUGCUGGGCAACGUUGUUUAAUACAUAUGCUAUGCUCCUAUGUAAUGGUGUAUUUGGGCGAUAUCCUAAUGUUCUCCAGUAGAUUAGAGAAACAUCAGCCAUCAUAUAAGAAGUGUUCUUAAAGGCCUACUAAAGAAUUAACUUUAUGUGAAGGCUGAGAAACUAAAACAAAAAAAAGAGCAAUAUUAUUUAUUUGGGCUACAUUUCUUCUGAAGCAGGCCUGCUGACAAGUUGCUCCAUAAGAGUUUAUAGCAAUGUAGUAAAUGUGCCUCAAAACUCCAUAAAUGUCUGUCAACCAAUUUUAUUGAUCCAAAACAAGUCAAACAAAAAUCUUGCAAUUUCACUGUAAAGAGUGGUAGAGAAGAGUGUAAAAGUCACAUGAAUUACUCUCUAUAUUAACCUAAUACAUAAUGCAAAUGGACAGUUAUUGUACAAUGAAUGGUCUCGAUUCAAUAUUGUUAGAUAAACUUUUCAAAUUAUUUAAAAUCAGAGGCGUGACUAGAAACCACCAUGGUGAAAACUGCACUGGGGCCCCCUAAUGUGACCCAUUCCCACCCACCCCCCGCCUUCCCCUUCACAUGUUUCAUCUCCUUCUGCCAGGCUCUCCACAUGUCUUAUUCUCCCCGCACCCCCUCAAUCCCCCAUGUUUAUUACUCCCCCCAGUCCCUACAUGUGUCAUACCCAUCCACCCCCUCCACAUGUCUCUCCCACCCACCCCAUUCAUGUGUCUCUCUCACCCUCAUACAUUUGUGACAGACACACAUAGUGACAGACACACACACAAACUGACAGACACACACACGCACUGACUGACACACACUCACACUGACUGACACACACACACACACACACUGACAGACACUGAAAGACACACACUCACACUGACAGGCAGACAUACACAUUGACAGACACACUUACACUGACAGACAGACACACACACAGACACUGACAGACACACUUACACUGACAGACAGACAGACACACGCACUGACAGACACACACUCACACUGACAGACAGACACACACACUAGCUCAUAGACACUGACAGACACACAUUCACACUGACAGACAAACACACGCACUAAGAGAGACACACACUCAAUGACUGGCAGACACACACACACUAUCAGACACACUUACACACUCUUGUACACUCUCACAAUUUAAUUUUUUGAGGCCCACCCAGCCUCCCUACCUUUUGGAGAGCUGGUGUGGGUCCUCUCCGUGGGGUCCAGUGUGGAGCUGUGCUGUAAUCUGGCAUUUUCUCUCUCCUCCUGCAUGCUGGUAUACCGGAGCUGGAAUGAUAUCAUAUUCCAGCUCCCUGCAUCACAGAGGGCGCGCAAGGGAGGAGAGAGGAACUGCUAUAUCAGCCUCCCUUGCCUGCAUCCUGUCCUGCCACCCCCUUCCGGUAUAUAUCGGCAGAGUAGGCACCUGCCAUCCAGGUAAGCAGGUGCCUACGCUGCCUCACUGGGUAAGAGCCGAUUCGGGGGUGCCCUAAGGUGGCCAGAUGGCCACCUCCUGGGCCCCUUAUGAAAAGUCUCCUCUCGGCAUCACCACCUUCAGUGGCUCAUAGUCGCAGGGGUCAGCAGGGCGGCCGGGCCCCCUGAAGUGACGGGCCCGGUCGACACUGUGACCCCUGUGACCGUGGUAGUUCCGCUACUGUUUAAAAGUUUUUGGAUAAACUUUUAAAAAGAUUUAAUAUCAUGAAAAUGUAUUUAAUUUUGUAAUGUUAUGAAUUUUUUUCUAUAGUAAUACAUUUUUAUAUAUGAUAUAUUUUUUCAUUUAAAUAUUUUUCCAAAAAUAUUAACAUGCUAUUAACAUGGUUAUUCACUAAAGUGAGAAUUCAAGGUGACUUUAAAGUGAAUUACAAAUUCAAUGUCAAAAUAGCCAGACUCGAAAAAUUCUCUGUUAGCUAUGCUUUCCAUUCAACUACUCUGGCCUCAAACUUUAAGUUCACUUCAAACCACCUAGAUUUACCAUAGUCUGGUAUUUUAGCAGUCAGGCAGAAAUGCUUCCCCAAGAAAGGAAAAAUUGCCCAACCCCCAUAUAAUAUCUCCCAGAUGAAUGUCUCUAAUCCUAAAUUAUUAUUUACCCAGUCUAAAUUAUGGAGAGUAUCCUAGGAUAUCCUGUAUUGACCUUAAUACUACCUAGUAACCAGCCUGUUUUGCAGACUAAAUAAAUUCAGUUUGGCUCCUUGCCUUUUAUGACUCAGUUCAUCUGUUUUGCUUUGUUUUUUAUUUUUGUUUUUAUUGAGAUACUCUCCUGCUUAUGACCAACAGUAUUUAUAGUUGUAUAAUCUACAGCGUUGUUUUGUUAUAUUUUUUUCUUUUUCUUUCUAGUUACUUUUUUUUUCUGUAGACAGCUAAGACUGUAUGAUUACAAAGUAAAUACUUUUUCCCAUGAUCUUUACCACUACUAGUGCUUCUACACCUGAUAACUAUAGAAGAAUGCCUGGUUACAAACUAAAGACUCAUUUCAAUUAUACUUUUCUCACUACUAGUAACGAUCUACACCUUACCACUUUAGAAAAACGCCCAGGUAGCUGUCAUGGGAUCCCAUACAGAUAUGUUCUUUGAGAGCUGAAAUAGAAAAGGUGCAUUGCCUUGAAACCUUUAUCAUUUGUUUCUAAACAUUCUGUAAUAUAUUUGUAAAAUGCUUUCACUACCAAAACUCAUAGUGUGUGCAGUGCAGUCUGAGUGCCGAGGCACAUUGUAAUGCAAGGCCUUUCUGUCUUGGUCUCUGUGGGCAAUUCUGGUGAGCAGGGCCAUAUUAACCUUGGAUUUACCCUUUGCCUACAUACAUUCGGCCUUCGUUCAGUCAUGCUACAUUUGGUUUCAGUACAUUCGGCCGACAUUCGACCACUCUACAUAAUCACUUUGGCUUAGUCCCUUCGACCUAUGUUCGGGUACGCUACAUUUUCGUUCAGGCUCAGUACAUUCACCGAACCUAAAUUUUCACUUUCAUUUUUAAAACAUUAGACAUAUAUUUGGCUGUGUUACAUUUUUGUUUCGGCUCUGUACAUUUAGCAUACGUUUGGCCAUGCUACAUUUUCAUUUGAUUCUGGUACAUUUUGCCUACAUCGGGCCAUGCUUCAUAGUUACUUUGGUUUAGUACAUUCGGCCUACGUUCGGCCACGCUAAAAAAUCUCACUUUAAUUUUAGUACUUUAGUACAAACAUUUUUUGUUUUGGUGUCAGGACAUUUAGCCUGUGUUUGUCCACGCAACAUUUUCACUUCGGUUCAGUAUACACGGCCUACCUUCAGCCACGCUACAUAGUCACUUUGGUUUAGUACAUUCGGCUAUAGUGGGGGAGGGAUAGAGGCUAUAGUGGGGAUGCUGGGCUUCUAUUUUUGGAGGGGGAAUAAUAGGGGCUUUAGUGGGAGGAUAGGAGCUGUGGUCGAGCGAUAGGUGCUAUAGUGGUGGGAUUGGGGCUGUAGUUGGAGGAUAGUGGGUGUUGUGUGUACUCUGUACUUGAGCGCUGGCCCUGCUAUAGAGCUCCUUUGUCGGCUUGGACCCACAGCAGGUGAAUUGGCUGGCUGGUGAGGGAAAUGUUUGAUCUCACCACCGGCCAUGCCUCUUCUCACUUGCCGUGGCCUUAUGGUAAAUCAAGCCAUGUUGGCUGGUGAGUCUGGGUUAGUUAUGUUUCUGAAGAAAAAUACAUCUUGUGUAUAUUAUCUCUAAACCCUGGUCAUUAGUGUAAAACUGUUUUUUGUGCCUAAAGUUUAUAUGGUAUUUUGCACAUCCAAAUGUAAUGUACUGUGCACACAUGACAGUAAGCAAGUUUUAAUUAGAAACUUUAUUCAUGCAUUCUAACUAUAAGGAAUGUGUCAGCUCAGUGUCAAUCUGUAACAUAACAACAAGUGUAUUUGUUGGGAUUAGCAGCAAUGUUUCAAACAUUAAAGGGACACUAUAGGCACCCAGACUAUUUAAUCUCAUUUAAAUGCUCGGAGUGAUGUGCCCCUGUCCCCCUAACUCUGUAAGUGAAAACAUUGCAGUUUCAAAAAUAUUGUAAUGUUUACAUUGCAGGGUUAAUACUGCCUCUAGUGGCUGUCUUCCAGAUAGAAACUAGAUUGUCACAGAGUUUUACGUCAUGAAACACCGUUGUACGUCCUUCAGUCUUUGCAUGAGACUGUCCAGCAUCUUAAAAAUCCUCAUAGUAAAACAUGCAUUCAUUCAGUGCUUUCCUAUGGGGAAGCACUUGUACAUGUGUGGCGCUCACUGCGCAUUUGCUUCAGGUCCUCUCUUGACAGGACAUCAUGGGAGGAGACCGUGCCAGGGCCGAGGGAUCUUGGCAAUGGAAUUAAGGAAAGUGUUAAAAGAGGAAUUAAAGGUAUAGUUGACUUUCUGUUUUAAAACAGUGUAUGACCCAAGGUGUAUGCAUUUGGCUCAAGGAUACUGUCCUAUAUAAAAGGUAGGGGUGAGGUUUUCUCAUUUUUUUUUUACAUAUACUUCAUUUAACAAAAUCUAUCUUUCUUGAAAACUUGAUGGGUUAAGGGUUAUUAUAUAAAAUAAAAAUAGCUUUGAGGUGACAGUUGUCCUUUAAACACCUGACAGACUAAGUUCAUCUCAUUCAGGAGAGAGAAUAGUUAAGACCAGCAGUAUACCCAGCGUGACACCUUUAACAGAGGCUGUGUGUACUAGAUAUACAGGAAGAGAGACGCUGAACUGUCCUUGAUGGGGGUUUUCAAAAAGUGGCCUGGUGACCAUAUAAUAAAAUAGUAAACCGGCUACAGCAUGCUGUAGUGGUUAUGGUGUCUGGAGUUUUUUUGUUAAGAAAACACAAUAUACAAGGAGUAUUCAGACAAAAUUGCAGUUUAUUAAACAUUAUAAAGAAGUGAGGGUGAUAAGAAUAGACAGCGGUAAGGUAUAUAACCAACGUGAUGUCACAAAACAAUACAAACAGUAGCACAAAUACAAUUAUGGAAUUUAAUAAUGAACAAAUGUUUGUUUUCUAUAAAGUUUAAUGAAUAUGUGGGAAAAAAGUGGUGUGCAUGUAACAUGCCCUGCUGUACCCUCACCAUUCUCCCAAUUCAUAUUCUGUGUCCUGCACCCCACCCCCUCUUUGCCUUGCUGGGAUAUUUCUCCCAUGGGAGACUCUAAGUAGAGGAAUUUGCUGGAGUGCCCUACUCAGCACAUUCCAAGAGGGCAGAGGUGCAGAGGGGAAAUGAGGCCAGGAACAGAACUUAAUACAGUCCAGAUGCAAUGAAAUUCCUCCAGUGAUCAGACACUGGAAACCCUCUCUCUCCGAGGGGUCUGAACCAUUCUGGGGUCUCUCAAACUGUCAGUGUGUGUUAGGGAUGCACAAUUUCGUUAUUUUAAACGUUUGACGAAUAUCGACCCUUAUGUUGCUGUUUUAUUUUCUACAGCUUGGAAAAUACAUAAUAACAAAUGCUUUGAGUUCUUAAAUUUUGUAAUCUGUUAUGUCUUGGUAAAUCGUGAAUUUCUGUACUGAAAUGACCUGUUUCACAUUACUUGUACCGCAAUAAACACACAAGACAAAGUACAGACACUUGACUUCUGGAUCUUCUUUACAUUCUUUAAUUGGUCUGGACUAAGAGAAGCAGGGUUCAGAUCUGGUCACAAGUGUGUUUGCAAAUUCUUGGUGGAAUUUUUGCAUAAUUCGGAGUGAUGUUUUUCUGUUGUUUUGAUUGUUGGAUAGAUAUAUUUUAUCCUCUCUUAGUUUUUUUCUGAAAUGUGUAAGUGAAGCCAAUAUUCUACCAAUCAUGCAUGAUACUUUGUUGAAUUAUAGUCAAAACAACUUUUUUUUCCCCCUGGCUAUUGGAUAACACCCAUACAAGCACAGGGUAAUCUGAUAUCACAGGCCUUGUAACAUUUUAAUCCCAGAUGUGCAUUUCUCCAUUGUGGUUAUAGUAUAGCCUAGUCAUCUGUUUCCAAUGUCAGCCAGACUCCUCUCUGGCUAUGUCUUUAAACAUUAAAGGGACACUAUAGUCACCAGAACCACUACAGCUUAAUGUAGUGGUUCUGGUGUCUAAAGAUUGUCCCUGCUGGCUUUUAAAGGCAAACGCUGCAUUUUCAGAGAAAACAUUACUGCCUAGGAACACCUCUAGUGCCAGACUCUCAGACGGCCGCUAGAGAGGCUUCCUGGGUCAGUGCUGCACAGUGUGCGCACUAACGUUCAGCAUAUCUACACACUACAUGGAGGCGCUGAACAUUCUUCAUAGAGAUAUAUUGAUUCAAUGCAACUCUAUGAGGAAAUGCUGAUUGGCGCAGUGCAGCAUUUUGCCGCGCAUGCACAAUAGCCUCCCAAUGCUUUCUUAUGGGAAGGCAUUAGAUUGUCUGAUACCAAAUUUGAGGAUCUUAGCCAUUAAGGAGAUGCUGAUUGGCGCUGCAUGGCAAGACAUGUUUGUAUUCCUGACACUAUAUUGUUCCUUUAAGUAUAUUGAGUUUCCUGAGUUAGCCGUGGUUAGCACAAAUAAAUUGUCUAAUUUUCCCCUACAAAAUAUUUUUAAUUGAGAAGGACCGCUUGUAGAAUUUUUGUGAGGGUUUAAGUGGUGAGGAAAAUAUUAAGGUUGCAGUAGACCACGAAAUAGCAGGGUUAUGGUUCUUCAGUGAGGGGAGGCCUAAAAUCACUGGACAGAAGGCUGAAGGUACCAAAUCAAAUGAUCAUGCUUUCCUAUGAAAACAUGAAUGGGUAUAUUAUUCUGAAUAACUGGGCUAGAUUUUAUAAAAGAGCUAUUGACAACCUGUAUGUUCAUAGAAUUCGCUUUAUUGUGCAUUGAGAUAGACAGUGAAUGGACAAUAUUGAAAUUGAAGUCCAAAGAGCAACCCCUGGUGCCAUAGUCAAUCUUGGCAUCAUAGUCAUUGGUUUUCUUGGUCCACUGUAAAUAAGAGUGAAACUGAAAAGGGAGGUAUUGAGGUAGGCAGUACAGAUGUUAUUUGGUUAUAUGCUCAGCCCACUUACCCUCCAUGUUUUUGUUCCCUCUGGGCAAAAAUUCACAAAAGGGUUAGGACCGGGACCAGACUGGGAAGAAAAUUCGGCCCAUUUUUUAAUUACAGCGGCCAGCUAAAAAGGGGGCGGGGCCAGAGAGGGUGUGUUUUGUCAUCACCAAUGACAAGCGUGCCCCAUCACAAAGUGAGCAUGUUGGUUCAAUGCUCUUCCAGGGUAGACCAUGCGCAGAGCUCUGCUGAAGAGUUCUGGCAUGAGAAAAAGACCCUGUAUUUGUUCUGCACAGCGCAAGCAAAUUUAAUAACAUGCUUGCACUGUGUUUGCUUGAAAUUUGUCUCUGGUGUCUCCAUAGUUGGGAUACCAGGAUACAAAAAUGCUAAAAUAGCAUAUUGUGCAGUGUGUGUGAGGGUGCUGUGUGUGUGUGUGUGUGUGUGUAAGGGGUGUAGUGUGUGUGCGAGAGGAGUGCAGUGUGUGUGUGAGGGGUGUAGUGUGUGUGUGCUGUGUGUGAGUGAUGGGUGCUGUGUUUGCAUGAGGGUGCUAUGUGGGUAAGGGUGCUGUGUGUGUGUGCUGUGUGUGAGUGGGUGCUGUGUUUGCGUGAUGGUGCUAUGUGCGUGUGAGGAAGCUGUGUGUGAGGGGGCAGUGUGUGCAUGUGAGGAAGCUGUGAGUGUCAGGGGUGCAGUGUGUGUGUGUGAGGAGUCAGUGUGUGCCUGUGUGGAAGCUGUGAGUGUCAGUGAUGCAGAGUGUGUGGGUGAGGGUGCUGUGAGUGUCAGGGGUGCAGUGUGUGUGAAUGAGGGUGCUGUGAGUGUCAGGGGUGCAGUGUGUGUGUGAGUGAGGGUGCUGUGAGUGUCAGGGGUGCAAUGUGUGUGUGUGAGGGUGCUGUGAGUGUCAGGGGUGCAGUGUGUGUGAGUGAGGGUGCUCUGAGUGUCAGGGGUGCAGUGUGUGUGUGUGUGUGUUUGUAUGUGUGUGCUAGUGAGGGUGCUGUGAGUGUCAGGGGUACAGUGUGUAUUUGUGAGUGAGGGUGCUGUGAGUGUCAGGGGUGCAGUGUGUGUGAGGGUGCUGUGAGUGUUAGGGGUGCAGUGUGUGAGUAAGUGAGGCUGCUAUGACCUGAGUGAUUAUAUCCCCCCUCCCUGCUUACCAAUAGCCUGGCUGGGGGGAUCCUGCUGCUGCUGCCAUCCAUCCCUGGUGGUCCUAGUGGUGCCUGAACUCUAGCCUGUGGGGCUAGAGUUCACUCUCGCAAGACCCGGAGCGUUGCCAUGGCAACGCUCUGAAUCUCGUGAGAGGAACCCAGCGGGGUUGUAAGUUAGAGCUCCUCCGGGUUCCUCUCCUGGCUGUCUCCCACCCUCCCCCACCGGCAGCCGGAAUAUGCUGCAUGUGGGCCGGUGAGGGAGAUCUUUGAUCUCCCCACUGGCCCGCCGUGGACUACUGCAGGGCUGGCGUUCAGAUAGUGCCGGCGCUGCAAAGACCAGAAUGGGAGAUCCUAUGAUCUCCCUGCCGGCCCCGGCCCAUGGCCACCGCGGCCCACCCGAUGGCCAGUCCGGGCCUGGUUAGGACGUCCACAGUGCAAGCAUGGAUUGCUGCACCUUCUCUGUUGUAAUUCAGGAGGUAAAUGGCCUUGAACAAGACCAACCUGCAUGGGUUCUUCUCCUAUGAUAGUGGUGGAAAGGGCACAAGGUCCAGCAUGGUUUGUGCUUGUAAGUUUAGGGACUGGUAUUACUAUAUAGACUUUUACAAAGAUUCUUUCUUUUAGGUGAUGAUCUAGGUGUAUGGUUUGCUGCAAAAAUGACUCUAAGGUUUAUGGAAUUUCGAAAUGAGUGAAAUCAUCUUUUAGAGACUAGGAUACACCAAGCCGGAACAGGUUUAUAAGCCCGAUUUCAUUCCAACAGAUGACUGUAAUAUAUCGCUUGAACCCUGUGAUGUAGUCGUCAUUAGGUCUACAAACUACUUGGGUUGUUUCCGAUCUGUUAAAAUCAACAUACAUUAAGGACAUAGGUACAAUAAAAGUAUCCCUUGAUUGAAUGAUUGGUAUGCAACAGGUUGUGUGCCCAUUCUUGUGGAGGCCCUUACAGGAGGGAUACCAAUAUGUGAAUGCAGAUUUAAGUCUAAUAGUAAUUCACAUGCCGUGGACAUGGAACUUGUGCUUCGGGGGUUGUAGCAUUUUCUUCAGGCAAAGGAACAUUAUGAGUAGCCGGGACAUGUGGCAAAAUGCUGCUCAUGAACGUAAAGUCUUGUGCCUACAAUUUUUGCACUGCUUGAAUAAGUAAGGUUAUCUUCCUAGUAUGCGCGAUUAAUAUUUCUGCCAGUUCUGCGAAUUCCAUCAAAGGGCACAACGUUCUGUAACAGUUUGUGCGUUAAAGGGUCAGGAUACAGUAACUGGCAAAGAACAGGAACAGCCAAGGCAAUGCACAGGCAAGGGGAAUCCAAAGGUUAGGUCUGUUCCAGAAGAAGGGUUGGUCCAGGCAGCAAAGAUUCUUGAGCGAUAGACAAGCAAGAGAGUCAAAUACUAAAGCAAUAGGAUAACUAAAGACAACACUUCAAGGAGCACAGGAUAUCUAUCCAGUGAGGAAGGGUCCAAAGAAGCUUUAUAUUGGAUGAAAGGAAAACACCCACCCUUACGUGUUACUGGUACACUUCUGCAUCGUUCUGCCCAGUUCCUCUAUAAAGCACAUCAAGUUUUGCGCAUAGGCGGUGAUUAUGCCAAUGGAAAAUACAGUCUACGAACUCUAUCUCCCCACAGCUCAUCAUCUUCAGCCAUGUCUGUUUGAUUUAGCCCCUCUUAAGUCAUGAACAUCGCUGUUUACCAAUAUGCCUUGAAUCUUAUACUUUCUUCCUUUCCUAAUUUUUCUUAGGUGGAGUUAAAGCUUGUUCAUUGAAUUGUCUAGCUGAAGGAUUCAACUUCUACACUGAGAGAGCAGCGGCUGUGAUCGAUGGAACCCUCUGCAGACAGGACUCUUACGAUGUGUGUGUUAAUGGGGAGUGCAAGGUACACAUACAGAAAGGACACUAAGCCAAUAGGUAGAUUAAUUUCACCGAUAUAAAGCAAUAAAAAGACGGCUUUUUAUUCCAUGGUCAGGCUGUGAAUUUGAGUGCUUUCAAUAAGUGGUACAGGGCUGAUCUUGCAAAAUAUUCUUACACUAUCUACAUUCUUUAAUCCAGUGAGCUUAAAGCACCAGCUGACCAGCUCAUCACAAACUCUGUUGUUAUUACAUUUGCCUUUUUAAUAUGUUGACCUACAGCAUGUUGGCUGUGACCGGAUCCUGGGAUCAGACACCAAAGAGGACAAAUGCCGCAUAUGUGGAGGAGAUGGUAACACAUGUGAAACCAUUGAGGGUAUCUUCAACCAGUCACUGCCAGAGGGAGGUGAGAGAGAAUAUUUAGCUUUUAUUACACAUAUAAUACCACAUUUACUAAUUUGCCUUUUUAGUUGAUAUAGUUCCUAUGAUCAGUGGAGUGAUUAUUUUUUUAACUGUCAGAAGGGCCUUAAGUAACUGAUUAUUGCAUGCGUUAUAAAAUAUCCGUUAUAAUUAUUGAAGAACAGAUGUAUAACUUUUGGCACUUGUGUUUUUUUUUUCCAACUCUAACAACAAGUUGCUCUUUUUACCGUUAAUAUUUCUCAAGGAUAUGAAGAGGUCAUCUGGAUCCCUAAAGGCUCAGUUCAUAUUGACAUUCGCCAGCUGAACCUCUCUCUUAAUUACCUAGGUAAUGUAUAUUGUAUUUUUAUAUAUCCGAAGCAAGCCUUAAUAAUUGAGAACCUGCUACCUUAGUAUUGGUUCUAUGCCUACUAUACUACAUCAGAACAAAAAUGUGACUUUGUCUCAAACGUGACUUCAAUUAUUAAAAGCCAAAUUUUUGCAAUUUUUCUUUUACUAUUUACGUUCCUGAUAUUUCUUGUUGUUGUAGUUUAGCAACCCCCCCUGUAGUCUACAUUGUUCUUUGCUUCUUCCGUGUACAUGUUGAGGCUUUGAGACUUUAACACUUUGUCGGAAAACUGCUGAUCAACAUUAACACAGUGGUGUGCUACUGACUCUAUUGAGCUGUAAUGCAUGUCUAUAGCAUGUCUUGGCAGAUACUGCAGGCCUCCAACUCCUAUCAAUCACAAGCAUCCAUAGUAUCCAUUAGUUAACCAACUGACAGUAACAUCACAGCCAGGCAUUCGCAUGGCACCCACAAAACUCCCAUAUCACAUACAACACACACAUUACCCAUAUCAUAUACAGUACAUCACACUUAAAUCACACAUGAUACCUUUCCAACAAAACAUGCAUGACACACGGAAGCAGUAGGUGGAGAGGAACCUGCCUAAACAAGCUUACAAUCAUAUAGUUUUGCCACCUUACCCCAUUCCCUCUAGAAUGUAAGCUCGUUUGAGCAGAGCCCUCAACACCCUCUGUUCCUGUACAUGUCUGUUAAUCCACCUAUUGUACAGCGCUGCAGAAUUUGUUGGCGCUUUAUAAAUAAUAAUGAUAAUUAUACUACAGUACUCAUAUGCAUAUCAUUUACAGCAACCACAUAACAAUUAGUAGCUAGCAUUUACAAUAUGGACAUACAUUAUACAUAAUUUAUUCCCAACAAGGACGGAGACACUUGACUUUAGGUCAGAGAAAGUAUGUGCACAGAUCAAAGGAAUAGUCAAGGCUUAGCGGCUAGUUGGUCAGGCACAAAAUCAGCAUGCCACAUUGCAAGCUUCACACAGUGCUACCCACUACCCAUAUGCCCCAACGUUGUAAAACAUUAAAUAACCCUUUAUUCUUUUACCCAGUUCACGCUGGAUUGCGGUCUGCGUUUUUCAAUGUUAGACGAUGGGAGACCUAAUGCGCAUGCCACAGGCAUCAGAGUUGCUACCUGGAGUUUCAUGGAAUUUGACUCUGUGAAAUGACGCUAGACACCCUCACGCUCUGCAUGGGGACAUCCAGCAUUGUUUCACGGAUUCAAACUGCGUGAAACUCCAGGAAGCACCUCUAGUGGCUGUUUUACAUUGCAGGACUAAGGGAGACAGGGACGCUGCAUCCAGACCACUUCAAUGAGAUGAAGUGGUCUGGGUGAGUAUAGUGCCCCUUUAAGAAUGUCUAAAUGCACUUGAAGAGCAACACUGUGAAUACCUGUCUAAAAUAAACACAUGGGAGGAAAUGUAAAACUGAGAUUAGCAAGCACUGAUGACAGCUGGGAUAUAUUUAUCUCUAUCUUGGGCUGGUGCCAGAACUGCAGAGAGUAGUGUAAUAUACACCUUCAGCAAUGUAGUACACACCAGUGGAGCAAAGAGUGUCUGAUGUCACUGUCAGAGUGCUGUGACUGCUGUGUUGCUGUUUAACCCCUUAAGGACACAUGACGGUAAUUUUCCGUCAUGCUGGAUUUUUACUUCUGAAGGGGUUAACAUGGUAAAUUGGUGUCAAUUAUUCACAAAACUUUAUUCAACCACAAGCUGAGUGUUGUCAACAAAGUAUUCCUAAAGUUUUUUGUUUAUUAGUUAUAAAGUGUCAACAAAUUUCGCAGUACAAUAAGUGAACUAGCAGACAAGUAUUUGUAACGAGCUGUAUUGGACGCACAGGAACAGAGGGUAUUGAGGGCCCUGCUCAAACAAGCUUACAUUUAUCAAAGUGUUACUUUCUAAAAACUAUUUACAAUAUGCAACAUUAUAAAAGAAGUGGAGUCAACAAUGGAAUGGGAAUUCAGGUUCCAGGGUGUCCAUGUUGAUUGCCCCACUUUUAGAAAUUUGCAUUCUCUUUUUAGAACACAGCACUUUGAUACAUUUCUCACAAUGUAUAAAUCUGUGACAAAAACAAGCUAUGAACAUAUCUGGACACCCUGAAUGUACACACUACCCACUCUGAGUCCAGAAACAGACUUAUUUUAAGAGGAACAUUGCUUGUCCUUAUUUUUAACAGUAUAUAUUUCAGCAUCUCUUGCAAGACAAGUGUCGCAAGAACAUGCGCUUAAAGGAACACUCAGAGUACCAUAACCACUACAGUGUGCUGGAGUGGUUAUGGUAACAGGAAUACCCUGUCACCCCCCUUUUGUAUUUAAACAAACCAUUUUCUAGAUGGUUUUAGGCUCUCACUGAGCUGUAGAGGAGGUGGUGAGCGGCGCCUUUCACACCCCAAGUAAGAAGUCACACAGUUUCACUAAAACAGUAUGACUAUUUAAAAUGGUGUGUGCCAGGGACUUCUGGCACCCAAAGCUACUACUAAAAACUGAAGUGGUUAUUGAGAUUGGAGUGUCCCUUUGAUUAAGUAAAGAGAAUGUUUUACAGAACAUUAGCAUGUCUGUAUUUUUAAUAUUUAUAUAUCAGCUAAUAGAUACCAAAGGCAAAACAAGUUCUUUAAUAUUAUCUUUUGAUUCCACAGCACUGAGGGCAAAGGAUGGAGGUCAAUAUUUCAUCAAUGGCAGACUCCCCCCAGACACACCGCAGAAAUAUGAUGUGGCUGGGACUACUUUUCACUACCGGAGACCCCAGGAUGAGCCUGAGUCGUUUGAAGCAUUGGGGCCUACUAAUGCCACUUUGGUCAUUAUGGUAAUGAACUAUUUUCUGAUUGUACAUUUACAUCUGACAAAUUUACACAUGAAUUUACAGCACCUAUUUAAUUUCCUAUAGAUAAUAACGUAAGCUGAUUCUAUCUUUCCCAAACAUCCUGUACACCUAUUCCUCACUCUGUCAGACUUUACUUCAUGCUUUAUAAUUAAUUAAUGGUCCACGUUUUAUUUAUUUUUUAUUCUGUGAAAUCAUAAAAGUACUAAACUGAGCUUCUUUUCUUGAAGGUGAUGGUGAAAGAAGAGUUUCCUGGGAUCCGCUAUAAGUUUAAUGCUCCAGUUAACAGAGAGACACAAAAUGGAUACACCUGGCAUCUUACACCUUGGACGAAAUGCUCUGUCAUUUGUGCUGGAGGUGAGAAGAUGGAUGACUGUCGCUAUACAUCCUGUUAUUGCAUUCUGUAUCGAUCUAUGCCUCCGUGCAGUCCUGGAGUUGUUGUUUUUUGCUGUCUUUUCAGGGGUGCAGGUGCAACGUGUUCAGUGUAAGAAACUGGCUGAUGGGUCUGUUGUUUCCGAUGAUAUGUGUGAUUCAAAUACCAGGGCUGAAGAGAAGCAGCGGCCGUGUAACACUGAGCCAUGUCCCCCUGAGUAAGUCAGCUUGUUGUUGUAAAGUGAGCCUUUAAUACAUAAGACAGUGUUGCAGUGUGAUGACAAUUAUAGUGAAUGGGGCAAGCUUUGAAUAUAUGGCAAGAUCAAAGAGUUACAAAUGCUCUCCACUAAAUUAUGUUCUGAUCUACAGUAGAACGAGGGAGCCAUACACAUGGUAUACAGCUACCACAAACACAUCACAUAUAGCCAGCACACACAUCACAUACAGCCAGAACACACCACACACACAUCACAUACAGCCAGAACACACAUCACAUACAGCCAGAACAUACCACACACACACACACAUCACAUACAGUCAGAACAUAUAUCACAUACAGCCAGAACACUAUAGUCACCAAAACAACUUUAGCUUAAUAAACAGUUUUGGUGUAUAGAUUAUGCCCUGUGGUCUCACUGCUCAAUUCUCUGCCAUUAAAUCCCUUUGUUUAUGCACGCCUCCCUGCAUGUGACUUACACAGCCUUUCUAACCACUUCCUGUAAAGAGUCAUCUAUUGUUUAUACUUCCUUUAAUGCAAAUUCUGUUUAAUUUAGAAUUACUUAUGCCCUGCUUUGUUAAUGGCUUGCUAGACCCUGCAGAAGCCUCAUAUGUGUAAUUAAAGGUAAAUUUACAGAGCAAGAGAUUAAACUAAGUUUACAUCUCAUUGAAAAUUAAAUUAAACAUUUUUCGUGCAGGCUGUGUCAGUCACAGCUAAGGGAGGUUUGACUAGGGCUGCAUAAACAGCACAAAAGUGAUUUAACUCUUAAAUAGCAGUGAAUUGAGCAGUGAAACCUUAGAGGCAUGAACCAUAACUACUUCAUUAAGCUAACAUUGUUUUGUUGACUAUAGUUUCCCUUUAACUGAUGCAUCUGGAUACACCAGGACAGAGAGCCCCCUUUGGAAAGCCACAUUACAGCAAUCUCUGAAAUUUGUCAGGGGAAGGGAUAAGGUGCAGAUGGUGGAAAGGUGUAUUAGAGUGUAGUGCAAGGAGGAGAGAACAAUGAGAGGCAUGAUUGAUAUAUUUAAACAGAACAUAUAAACCCAACAGUGGGGCUCUCAGAUGAAUAAUUGAAGGGCCAUAUGGGAGUUAAGCUAACAAAGGAUGGUCAUUGGUAGGGUUGAAACCUGCAUCGCUAAGUAGGUAAGGAAACAAUGGCUUGGAAAGUUGGCCACAAACCAUAAAAGAAAAACUACCUGAAAGACUUAUUGGCCACCCUUGGAUCUAUCUGCUGUCAAACCACUUCCUUCUAGAAAAUGAAAAUAUGUCUAAAAUGGGUGUUCGUAAGUCUACACUGUUUUUGCAUCAAAUUGAGCUCAGUAUCUGAUUGCAUGUAAAGAUAGAAUAUUGAUUUUAUUUUUGUUUAUGCCUAACUCACAAAUAUUUGGUGUCUUGAGUGUCAGUUUGUUUGAAAAUGCAUAACGCCCUUAAUGACAGAGUACUCAAGUAUUCAUUAUCUAUUUUUCCUAGUUUGAUCAUUACUUAUGUAUAACAAAGCUGUUCCCCAUGUCAGGUGGGCAAUAGGACCCUGGUCUGAGUGCAGCCGUAGCUGCAAUUCUGGAGUACGCACUCGCAGUGUCAUCUGCCAACGACGGGUACCAAAUGGUGAGGAAAAAUCUGUGGAUGAUCGGUCGUGCCCUCAAUCUCGCCCAUCCAUGCUGGAACCCUGCAAUACAGACAGAUGCCCACCAGAGUGGGUGGCUCUUGACUGGUCUGAGGUAACAAUGAGAAAACGUUUGCACAUGAUCUUAUUCUAAAAAUAUAUCACUGCCUCCACUAUGUCAUCUAGUAUGUGAAUGAUAGUAUUUUCAUAAACAGUGUAAUGAAAUGUACUGUUGAGGAAUGAAUGCUCAAAAAUAUAGCAGGUAAAUGGUUCCCUCCAUGGCAAGUCAGUUGCAUAACAGAAAACAUAUACCACUCUAUUUACUAGUAUGACAGAAAACCAGAGCAAUGAUCAAUGACUUGCACCUGUAUUUCUCAUAAAAUAUUUGUGAGAUCUACUAAUGCGACUUGCAGUUUUUAGAAGAAGUGUAAUUUGACCUACAAAAGAACAGGAUAGACCCAGCGAGUGGCCUCUCUUUUUAUUUAUAGGAGCCCAGGAGAUGCCUAGUACUCGGGAAUGUGUUAAAAAAAAUAAAAAUCUGGGCCCCCACGGCACAUACACUGUGUUGUUCAUUUGCCCCAAUGGGCAUCUUUAGGCUCCACUGCCCCGUCUCUGAGUAGCUAGGGACCAAAGCCACGUCCCAUAAAUAUGUCCCUACCUAUCCUCCUUUAGAGAGUUGGCCCAAUACAGCUAAAGUAAGCGAGAUUUGAGAAUCACAGCAUUGUGAUUGGCUGACUUCCAAGCCAACCACUCACAACACUCUUACGGAGUUUUAAAGUGUGAGAACACUUUUAUAAAGGGCAUCGCUGGGCCCUACAGGGCCCACAUUAUUAUUUUCUAACAUAGUACAGGAGACUCGGCGUGCUCAUGACCUGUAAUAUAUUACUCCGUAGCUCAUGGCGUGGACAAAAGAGGAGAGGCCACCCUCCUUGUUAAUUUAUUAUAGAUUAUAUUUAUUUUCAUUUUUUCAUAUAUACCAACAAACACAUAAGGAACUGCACUCAUUCAUUUGAGCAAACAAAUGGUGCAACCAGGCCUAUGGCUAGCGCAAACCCCAAAUAGUUGAAUCCAAUUGAGAAGAAACAGGUCCAGGCACACUAAAACUCAAUAAGGCACAUAUAUUUGGAACAAUGUGAAUCUUGGUUUUUUUUCGACCCUACAGUGGCUCGUUUAAAAGCUUGGCAAGGACCCAUUGUAGGGACAAAACGUUGCUGGAUUCACUUUAUUGCAAAUAAAUGUGCCUUAUUGAGUUUUGAUGUGCCCUAACCUGUUUCUUCUCAAUUGGAAUUUAAUAUUACAUGCUAAGCAUGUAUUUCACUUCCACUGCAACUAUCUCAGAUUCGAUGCCACACAGGAGAGCCCAGUGCUUCACGCUUCUCUCCAAUGCAGCACUGAAAGCCUUUAUUGUACAGGUAUAGCUCACUUAUUCAGAGCACUUAAAACUGGCUUUUGGUUUCCUAUGGGGUUCUUACACUCCAGUUUCUGUGAUUAUUUCAUUGUUUACUUUUAAUUCACACACCCACAUUUUACUGUAUUGGACAUAGUUGAAAAUAAAAUGAGAUUAAAUAUUGAUUAACCAAACCACAAUUUCUCCUGCAAUGUUCAUAUAUUUGAGGAGAAAAGACUACUGCCCCUCAUAUCGAUGACAUUGUUAAUGCACAUUGGAACAAUGAUUGGAAUGAAGACAGCACAAUAAAUGAAAAAGAACAUAGUGAAUAAUGUUUAUCAUCAGCUGCGCUGGAGUGAGGUUGAAAAAGUUAUGUCCUAUUUUACAGUGCACUCCAAAGUGCGGCCCGGGUUACAGACACAGAGUAAUCCUCUGCAAAAGUGGAGAUCAUGAAAAUACCGUACCCGCAUCCCACUGCACUGCCAAGGACAAGCCUGCAACCAGCAUGCGUUGUUCCCUGCAAAGAUGUCCGCCGCCCCGCUGGGUAACUGGAGAAUGGGCAGAGGUAAUAGCCAAGAAGCAGCAAAUGAUAGAAUACCAGUGAUCGUGUUUUUUACGGGAAUCAUUUUUAAAUUGUUUCCGCAGUGUUCAGCUCCAUGUGGCCUGGGACAACAGAGACGCUCAGUACAGUGUCUGAGCCACAUAGGACAGCCAUCAGUGGAAUGCACAGAAUCCACACGCCCGUCUGCAAUGCAGCAAUGCGAGAAUAAAUGCGAGGCUGGUCCAUCUGACAGCCCUGAUGGUAAGAAAAAAAAAAAACACUUAUACAUUCCCCCAAGGGAAUAUCUGUCUGUUUUUGUUGAAGGUUUUGUCAUGUUACCGUAUUUCUGUGUCAUAAUACCACUUGUCUGGGGCACUGUAUAAAACCUUGUUUUAGUCUUUUCUCAUCCAUCUAACAAGGUCCCUGCAAUAUUGCUGUCUUUUCUGACUUAGUUUUUUUGCAACUAUUCUUCUGUCUGUUAGAAUGUUCCCUUUUCUGUGCCCCUGUCUCUCCUCCCCCGCUGACAGUGCAACUUUCCUCUUCCUUGCCACACACAUAUACACACACACACACACACACACACACACAUGCACAUACAUAAACAUGCAAACAGGUCUCAACCCUCCUUCCCACACACAUUGAGAUCUUCUUCACUUGCUCUUGCCUGCUUCCUACGUUAUUACUUCUACAGUUAUACUUUGUUUGUCUCUGUCUCUUUUCAGAAUGUAAAGAUGUGAACAAGGUGGCGUACUGCCCUCUGGUGCUCAAGUUUAAGUUCUGCAGCAGGCCCUACUUCAGACAGAUGUGUUGUCGAACCUGCCAGGGCCGUUGAUUUAACCCACAGUGCUGGGUUAAUUUUCAUCUCUCCUCUUAUUUUCUCCCCAAACCCUUGAUACAUAUGUCCCAUAUCUGACACAUUUUACUUCAUCUUUUCGUUCUGCAUCUGAUCUAAUGCUCCACUGUGAUGUUCAUUUCUCUUUCUCCUCCAUUCAUUGUUUAAUUUUACUUCCAAUACAAUUUCUCUUUUAUAACUUGUUUUUCUCCCUAUAAAAAAACUCAUGUAUUUUUGUAAAUUGCACAUUAUUACUAUUACUGAAUCAUGCUGACAAUGUCCCAACCCAGAAAUCCUAUUUACCCUGCACAGGGAUAUAUCAAGGUCUUUAAGCCAUAAACUCCUAAUUAUCUGCGGGGAGAAAAGCACUGCAAGAAAACAAGGGGUUAAUCCCCUGGUUAGGUAUUUUUUGUUAAACAGAUUUGCACAUGUGUGUAUUUCUUCAGUGGCAGAAUACACUUUUGGGGCAGAGACAUUUUAACUUCCUGGAAACCAUUUUGUAUUCUCCAGUUGGCUUAUUUCCUGGCUGUGAUACAAAAUGUCUGUCAAGGUUACACUUGCAUCUACUUGACAACUAUCAUAUCAGUAGAUGUGGCACUUACGCAUAACAGGAAAUGAUUGCUAAAAAGGAUGUUGAAAAUAGAAGAUUGUUUAAUAUUAAAAAUCAAAUACAUACUGCUGGUCUUUUCUUUCCCUCUGCGGUAGAAAGAAUGAUCAUGCUCAGUACAUUAGUGAUGCACUUUCUGAAUCAUGGCUUGAAAGUCAUUACAAUCUCACUUAAAUAGUUGUAACCAGGUUUAUUGCAAUUUCGACUACUUCUGUUGCUCUUUGAAUAGAACCCCUCCCUCUCUAUCUGCCUCAGCAUAUAAAGAAAGUCAAAGCUUUGGUCUGAAUGCUGUAUAGUAUAAAGUAGUGUGCCGUUUUUUUUUUUUUUUACUUGCUCAUAUGAGCUAGAUUGUUAAGAACAACAAAGACAAAUGUAAUCAGUUGCGCACUAUGUGUAGCAUCCUGGAAGUAUGGUGAAAACACAACUGUUCUUGAACUGCUUGUUGUACCCGAAGACAUUUUUCAAUCUGUAUUUGUGUAUUUUUUUAUAUGUGAAUAAUGCACACUAGUGUAUUUAAUAAUUUACCUAUAUAUAUAUAAUCAGUCUUCAUUAUCAGCUGGUCGUGAGAGGAUAUAUCCACAGCUUAUUCAAUUUCAUCAUGUUAUUUGUCUAUUUCAAAAUCUCACUAGACCAUCUGCCAUUUUGAACACUUUAAUAGCAUGUCCACCUGGAGAUUAAUGAAAAAUUCUGAGCAUGCUAUAGUGGUUAUGGUGCUGGGAGUGCCCUGGAGAUCCUACCAAAAUGAAGUAGUCAUGUUGUUUUACAACGGUUUUAGAAUGCUUUGACUUCUUACCUGGUGUUCAUUGUCACAAGAAGAGGCAGGUAGCAGCAUAACAAGUCUAAACAUUUUAAAACGGUACGACUACUUGCAUUAGUUGUGCGUCAGGAUAUAUGUACAUACUGAGGUGGAUAGAGGGUGAUGGGGCAACAGGGCCAAUUGACCCCAGAUAAGAAAUAACCAAACAUUUAUUUUAAAGAUUAUGCAUCAUAUAUAUUUUCGGCUUUUGGGAUAAAAAAGUCUCCUGUGUAAGACUGGUCUAGGUACCAUUUCAUUUUCUGAGCCUUUAUAUAGAUGUUGUUUUAUGGCUGUUUUAUUUUUAUUUUUUUGUUUUAUUUUUUUUAAUUUUUAUAAUAUAUAUAACCCAAGAUAUGGGAACACUUGCAACCUUAAUAUCAUUAAACUGUUAACCAUUAUAUUUGCUACACAAUAUAAUAGCAAGAAUAAUCAUAUGAAGCCUUGAUAGAAUUAGCUUGAAAAAGAUCAAAAUACAAUUACUGUCUUGAAAUUAAACUUGUCAUCUAAAACACAUACCUAUGUGUAAUAAUUACUUUAAAAAAAACUAGAUUAAACAUAGAUAUUAAAACAUCUGCACAUAUAUUACCUGCCACUUAAAGCUCACAGCGCACUCACUAAAAAAAAAAAAUUUAAAAACAAUUAAAAACACCCCUCCUCUUUCUAAUACAGCUGCUCGUUUUGUAUCUGUUUACAUUUUUUAACUUUUGUUAUUUUGGAAGUGUUGAUGAAAUCCAGAGAGAGGAGAGGGUUUUGACCUUGCAUUGAGCUGCAUGGCAGUUAGAUUAUAAUCUAUUAUUAAAAGAAAAAUGUUUACACAACACAUAGACCAUUUUUAUAUCAAAAUACUGUUUCAACUUUUUGAUCAUGCGGGAGAUAGUUUAGUUUUAAAGCAAAAGUAUGAGAAUUCAUUUGUUUAAACUGAUUGUGAUUUUAGGACAAUAAAAUGCACAUACUGUAAUAAGACAGGCCUUAUAAUAUUUAUCUAACCCCUCUAUAGACUGAGAGGUUAGGUAGAUUGUGGGUUAGCUAGAUCUUAUUGCUAUUUUUGUUGUGAUUGUCUUUAAAUGGUGCUAAUGCUCUUUUACUGUCUAUAAAUCACAAAUGGCUUCUUGGCUAGUGAUGGAAGUAAUUCUAAGACAUCAGGUACAACUACAUAACAUCCCUACGUCAACCAGAAUUUGCGUCAACAGUGUCGCUAGCAGAAGGCAAUGUGAAGUACUGCAAUAAUGAAUGCCUUCAUUUUGUUACCUUGCAAAUCAAACCAGUGUAAUGUUCAGUAAUUCAUAGACUGUUGUGUUUAUUUAUACAUGCUUCGGAAUUUCUAAAGCCAAUCCUGAGUACUAAAACCUUUUAUUAAGAGUCUUUUGCAAUGCAUUAUGUUGUUGACUACAUUUUUCUUAUUGCUGUUACAUCCAUAAUGUUGGCAAAGCAUCAAGAGAGAUGUAGUUCACAACAUCGGGAUUGCCGAAGGUUGCCUAGCCCCGGUCCUAAUACUGUAUGGCGGUGCGAUAAAAACUAUUACCUUUGAGUCGAUGACAAUUAUGAUUUAAGUGAUUGGUGCGUUUACAGGGUUGAGGUGCUGCAGAGGUACAUAUACUGCUGUUUCAGGCAAUCACUACCUCCGUAAUCCCAUAUUACCUACAUGCGUAGGAACACUAGAAUCUUCUUCUUGUCAUGAGCCUUGCAUGCUGUUGAUGUUUGGUAUGAUCGGAAGAUUCAUUUACAUCAUAUAUCAGGCUGCGCCUUAUGUUCAAGGCAAAUGAAACAAAGUAAAAACCGAGUUGGUUAGAUAGUUAGAAUAUGACAUUAUUUCAGAAAACAGAAAAGAUGUCUAUAACCUUUUGUAAAAGUAUUGAACCUUUUUUAACCCCUUAAGGACACAUGACAUGUGUGACAUGUCAUGAUUCUCUUUUAUUCCAGAAGUUUGGUCCUUAAGGAGUUAAAGCCAUUUCAAAGAAGACUUGGCAACAUUUCGAUCCUUUCAGAUCUUUGGCAAAAUCCUUACAGACUUGAAACGUUGUCAAGUCACCUUUUGGUGGUGACUGUUAAAAAGCUUAUUAGUUUUAAACAAGAUUAAUGUUUCUGUUAUAUUGGUGACUGUUGAGUGGAGGUCCUGUAUGGAGACUUAGCUGGUCAGUUUUUCUCAACAAAAUCACCUCAGUAUGAUCAUUCUUCUGUGAGGCCGUGCGUCAGUAACCAAAUUAAAAUAAAUAUUAUUUUGUUCCGCCACCUGCACAAAAAUUUACUUUCAAAAACUGUUUAUUCCAAAAACCCAAUGGUCACUGAUCUGCAUUGCUGGAAAAUCAUAGAUAUAAAAAUAUAAUUGUUGAAAAUAGCUUGCCGUCUGUUACAAUUAUUUUGUCGAAAUGGUCAAACAAACGCCCCCACUUUUACUUUACUUAGCUAAAAAAAUUGUACUAACCAAUGUUAUUCAAAAUGAAUACUAUAAGUAUUUGUAAUCCAUGUCUAAUCAGAAACAAACAGCAGCUUUCUAUAUGUACCUGUUUUGUAACACUAAUGGGUCCUUGAUUUGGAGUCACUACACCUAAAAAGUUUUACUGACUCAUAAAAAGAUUUUCCAUUAUAAUGUUUUUGUUUAUUUUAUUUUAUUUUUUUGUCACAGACACAUAAUUCACAGAUGGCUAUAUGCAUUUAAAGAGUUUAUGUUAUGUUUAUAUCUCUGUAUAAAAUUUGUUCUGAUUCAGAAUCCGGAAAAAGAAGGCAGAAUAAUUAAAAUGUCUUUCUACAGAA